AUGCAAGGAGCCUCCCUUCUGCUCCCUGUCCAGGUGCUGAAGACCCAGCUCACCCUGGGACAGACCGGCCAGUACACAGGGUUAGGGGACUGUGCCUGCAAGAUUUGGAGGCAUGAGUUGACCCAGGCCUUCUACCGUGGCUACCUGCCCAACAUGAUUGGCAUAGUCCUCUAUGCCAUCACUGAGCUGGCGGUGUAUGAGCUGAUCCACUGUGUAUGGAGGAAGCCGGGCAAGGACACAGAAGAGCAUGAGUGCCUGGUCAACCUAACGUCUUUCACCCUCCCCACCACCUGUGGGCAGAUUUCUUUUUUUCCCCUUUACCCCAUAAGAACUAGGAUGCAGGCCCAAGAGAGCAUCCAGGGCUCAGCCCCCAGCAUGAGGGCCAUCUUAGGGAGCAUCCUGACACAGCAGGGUUGGAGGGGUUUCUUCAGGGGGCUAGGCCCCGGUCUCCUGAAGGUGCUGCCUGCCUGCGGCCUACGCUAUGUCACAUAUGAAGCUUUUAAGAAAUGCUGGGCAACUUGUCAAGGAGGCAGGGUCCCAUGCGGUGUGAGGGUUGUCUUCAGAAGAAUCCUGGGGUCUGUUGGAUGUUUCACCCCCAACCUCCUGAAGGUGCUGUCCAUGUGA